AUGACUCGGGGUAAUCAGCGAGAAACGGACCGUGUAAAGGCACAGAAGAAGGCCACCGCAAACAAAGGCAAGCCGAAGGAAAGCGCUUCGUCGCUGCAACAGCGCCGCGAGAAGGAUGCUGAGAUCCUCCGGCUGAAGCAGAAGAAAAAGGAGGAGGAGAAGGCUGCAACUACUUCUAGUGGUGGCGAUGGGGCGAAGAAAUAA